AUGCUCCGCGCUGCCGGCUCCCUGGAGGAAGCAGCGUUGCCAGUGCAGCUGCAGAGGAUUGUGAGCUUGGCGGAACGGACGUCUGACUCCGCAGCACUGAUUUUUGACAUCAGCUCUGGACAGUGUAAGGCUGGUCUGUCAGGGGAACAGGCACCCUGUUCGGUUCUUUCUGCUGUUGUGGGAUACCCCAAAUUCAAGCUCGUCGUGUUUGGGGUGAGCCGUAAGGAUUGCUGCUAGAUAGGGGAAGAAGCACAGUCCAAAAGGGGCAUUUUGUCUUUUACUUACCCAAUGGAAAACGGGUUAGUUCCAUCCUGGGACAACAUGGAGAAGAUUUGGAGAUACCUACAUGAGCAAGAACUCAAAAUGAAACCGAGUGAGAGGCCAGCACUGCUGACCGAGACCCCUCUCAAUCCUUUGUCGCAUCAAGAAAAAGUGGCUGAGACGAUGCUCGAGAGCUUUCAGGCUGCCCUUCUCGUGGCUCCGCAGGCGCUGACAGCCCUGUAUGCCUGUGCCCACACAACCGGACCAGUGCUGGACGGUGGCAAUGGUGUCACCCGCACGGUCCCCGUCUACAAAGGCUAUUGAUUACCUCUACAUGGCAUUUCCAGGCUGGAUUUUGCAGACAAAGGUGUAAUUGCUAGGCUCCUCUCGGAGACCAGGCACUCCUUCGUAAGCACAUCAGAGAGAGAAAUUGUCAGGGAUAUGAGGGAGAAGCUGUGCUGUGUUGCGUUAGAUCCUAGCUAA